AGAUUGUCUGCCUUACCACCACUUCCUGCCGGCUUUCGGGACUUGUACUCGUCGACGGUGAGGACGAGCACUCAAGAUGAUCCCGCCCUCCAUGCUGGCCGGAAACGAGUGACCCCUCAUGUCGUGGGCAAUUGGCCGACGCAUGUAUAUCUCGACUGGAGUCCAAUGCCAAAGGAGUACAGCUUACUGUCCGAGAUCCUCGAAGAAAUCAGGAAGACAAGCGGCGAGGAGCACGUGCAGAGCUUGCUGGAGAACGACCUGGGAGUCCAGCUGCCACUGCACGUCUCAUUGUCGCGCCCCUUGGCACUGAAGACAGAGCAGAAAGACAGCUUCGUAUCGAGGCUCGAGACGGCCAUUGAAGAGGCGAGCGUGCGCGCAUUCGAGGUCCAGCCACUGGAGCUGGUCUGGCAUCCCAACGAACACCGUACGCGCUGGUUCCUUGUGCUUCGCUUGCAGAGGCCUGCCGGCGAUGAGCUGAAGAAUUUGCUGAAGACCUGCAACGCUCUCGCCAAAUCCCUCGACCAGCCUCUACUCUAUGCUGAAUGCCACAAUGAGGCCAGCGACGCUUUCCACAUCAGCAUUGCCUGGUCGUUAAAGCCCCAAGGUAGCAAGAGCUCUGGUGUAGGCGCUACGCCUCAAAGUGCUUCUGCUGAUGCUUUGGGACGACUGGAGGCUCUUCGAGUCGGCUUCUCAGACGUCAAAGUCCGCGUCGGACAAGAUGUGACUUCUAUUGCUCUG